AUGAAUGAAACCAAUGAGGAUGCAGUAACCUAUGAUGAUGUGCACAUCAGCUUCACUCAGGAAGAGUGGGCUUUGCUGAAUCCUUCCCAGAAAAGUCUCUUCAAGGAUGUGAUGCUGGAGAUGUACUUGAACUUCUCUGCCAUAGCCAUAAAGGAGAGAAACCCUAUAAAUACACUCAAUGUAUUAAAACCUUUGUGUGUUACAGGCAUCUUCAAAGGCAUGAAAAAAUUCAUACUGGAGAGAAACCAUAUGAAAGUUUCCAGUAUGGUGAAGUCUUUGCAGGUCACAGUUGUCUACAACUCCAUAAAAGAACACAUACUGGAGGGAAAACCCAUGAAUGUAAUCAAUGUGGUAAAAACUUUGCAAGUCAUGGUGAGUUUAAAAGUCAUAUAA